CUAAUGAAAAACGAUAGAUGUUGAUUGGUGAGUGUGUGCAUGAGACAGGGAUGUUAACUCUCUCGCAGAUUGAACUUUCAAAAUUUGAUCUGUUUUUCUUUCUUUAGCCUUUAUCUGCCGACAAAAACUCUGAGGACCAUAAAGAGAGAGUGUUGAGUAGUGUGACAUAAAUGUAUCAGUUUCUAGUGAGUGUCAGCAAGAGCUUCCCACCCUUGAUGACCUUUUCUCACAUCAGAACAUGGAAGAGGAUUUUGGCAUGGAAUGGUUGUCUGUGUUUGUGGAAGACUGUUUUUCCAGUAAGCCAAGUUGCCUCUUGGCACCCCCUGGUGUUGAAACCACGAGCCCUAGCACCAAGCCUUCAAGCACAAUGCAAAGACCCCAACAAAGUUACUGUCCUCUGCAGAAUUUUUCUGUGCCAGGGAAAGCCAGGAGCAAGAGGAAGAGGCUAUCAGCACCAAGGACAAAACACACUCUAAGCACUUGGUCAAAUAAUUUCAGUACUCAAGUGUUGAGUUCUGACCCUCCUCUCUUGAAACAAGCCUAUUGGUUGGCUGAUAGUGAACUCAUUGUCCCAAAGAAGAAGGAUGAGCAAGAAGUGAAAGUGGAUAUUGUGGUUAGGAAGGAGAAACUGGGGGAGUAUUGUGAUGAGGGUGAAGUGAACAAUAGUAGUAAUAAUAAUAAUGGGCAGCACCCAAUUCCAAGAAGGUGCACACAUUGUCUGGCUCAGAGGACCCCACAGUGGAGGGCAGGACCAUUGGGUCCAAAGACACUAUGCAAUGCAUGUGGUGUGAGGUACAAGUCUGGAAGGUUGUUGCCCGAAUAUAGGCCAGCCAAGAGCCCUACUUUUGUUAGCUAUUUGCAUUCAAAUUCACACAAGAGAGUCAUGGAGAUGAGAAUGAGUGUUCUAUCUACUCAGAAGUAGUGAAGUGAUUUUACUGCAUACUUUUUAUGUACAACCAAACUUCAAAAUCAAGGAACAGAUUAUUUGGAAACAGAUAUUAUGAGCCAUAUGAAGCACACUUUCAAAAGUACUGAAACAAGUGCAGAUUAUAGCUUGCAAUAUGCAAGGAAAGGAAGAACUUCUGUUUUUUCAUUUCCCCAUUUUUACUCAAAUCAUGGUUUGUGAUUUUAAAUUAUGUUGAAAUAUUAUUCAACUGUUGUUUUGCUAAAUCUGUCACAACCCAUUUAUCCAAACUUAUACACUACAGAUUGCAAUGCAAUUCAAAAUCCAAAGUUCAAAACCA